CGUCUUGUCCCCGUAAACGAUUCUCGUCCAGUUAUCAUCCCUCAUCUAACCAGAAACCUGAACACCCGGUCGCCACACGAACGUCUAAACCCUCCUUUCUCCUUCCGGUACAAUUCUUUUCUUCCUCGUCUGACUCUCCACCACCACCACUCCCCUUCAACAAACCUAAAACGAAUCAAACAAGAAAAAAAAAACCUCCGUUAGAACAGAAAGGGGACUCUUGCUUUUUAACCAGUAAGCACAGGGAUAAGAAUUUGAAGAAAGGCUUUUGUUAUUGGCUGGUAAAGGGGAGGAAGGGGAAGGAGGUCAACAUGACGGACUCGCCAACUUCACCAACCGCUGGUCGUACUAAGUCCCUCAUGGAUAACCUCCUCGGCCUCCUUAGGAUCCGUGUCAAACGCGGUGUUAACCUCGCCGUUCGCGACGUUCGUAGCAGCGAUCCUUACGUCGUCGUCAAGAUGGGCAAGCAGAAGCUGAAGACUCGUGUAAUAAAAAAGGAUGUCAACCCUGAGUGGAAUGAAGAUCUAACUCUUUCUAUUACAGAUCCCAGUAUUCCAAUAAAGCUUACUGUUUACGACCACGACACGUUUAGCAAGGAUGACAAAAUGGGUGACGCAGAGUUCAGCAUUUCGGCCUAUGUAGAAGCCUUAAAGAUGCAUGUGGUAGAUGUCCCGAAUGGAACUAUAUUAACCAAGGUUCAACCCUGCAGGGCCAACUGUUUGUCGGAAGAAACCUCUAUUAUUUGGAACGAUGGGAAGGUGACCCAAGAUCUUUGCCUCAGAUUGAGAAACGUAGAAUCUGGCGAGGUGGAAAUCCAACUGCAGUGGAUCGAGCUUCCUGGUUCAAAGGGUUUAUAAAGUUGGCUGUCCCAUGUUUAAUGAUCGCGUUCCGAGAUCGCCUCAGCAAAUUCACUCUGUGAAACUUUUAUGGUGCGUGUGGUCGGUUGUUCUCACCAAUCUGAAUGUAUCUCAAACUAAUCCUUGUACUUAGUCAUGUAUAUGGUGUGCUCUCAGCUCAUCACUUAGGAUUUAGCAAGGUGAAUUCUAAGUUAAAUUGUGGUUCUUCAUUCAUUUUUGUCUGCUAUAUAUAUAUAUAUAUAUAUAACAUUCGGAACUCAGAAAAACUUUUUGCUAUAGAUAUUAAAACCAGAUUGGCUA